CUUUUGCUUUUAUAAAGCCCACAGUUGUCCGCUGCUCUUGUGUUUGUCCUGAAAGGACUCUGUCAUCAUGUGGACGACUCUCGUGAAGUUAGACCUGACCUCUGUAGGUCUGGCUCUGUUUCUGGGCUUGAUCUUUCUGGUUCUGUUCGAGAUCAUCAGGAUUAAUUCCUACAGAAGUCAAACUCCUCCUGGUCCCAGACCUUUGCCUUUUGUGGGAUCGUUACCACAAUUUUUAAAGAAACCAAUGGAGUUCGUAAGAUCAAUGUCUCAGUAUGGAGAAAUGUCCACUAUGUAUCUUGGGAGGAAGCCAGCAAUAAUCCUCAACACAAUCCAGGUCACGAAGGAAGCCCUGGUUCAGGAAGCUUUUUCUGGAAGACCGGGUCUGCCUCUUAUUGAAUGGAUAACUAACGGACUUGGUAUAAUAAUGGUCACAUUUGGUCACUCCUGGAGGCAGCAGAGGCGGUUUGCUCUGCACACACUCAGGAAUUUUGGCCUGGGGAAGAAAUCAGUAGAAGAUCGGGUGUUAGAGGAAAGCCGCUAUCUGAUUUCUGAAAUGCUUAAAGAAGAAGGCAGGUCAAUGAACCCCCAGCAUGCAAUACAGAAUGCAGUUUCCAACAUUAUCUGUUCCAUCGUGUUUGGAGAUCGCUUUGAUUAUGAUGACAAACGCUUCUCAUACCUUCUGAAAAUCCUGAAUGAGAACUUAAUGCUUGCAGGGUCAGCUGCGGGACAGUUUUACAACUUAGUGCCCUUCAUCAAGCAUUUCCCAGGGCCACACCAGAAGAUCAAACAGAACGCCAAUGAGUUAUUGGGUUUCAUCCGGGAUGAAGUUAAAGGACACAAAGAAACUCUGGAUCCAGACAGCCCACGAGACUUCAUUGAUGCCUACCUGCUGGAGAUCGAGAAACAAAAGUCCAACGAGGACUCCACGUUUCAUGAGGAGAACCUGGUUAUGUCAACAGCUGACCUGUUCCUGGCUGGAACCGACACCACAUCGACCACCAUCAGAUGGGGGCUCAUCUUCUUGAUUCAAAACCCAGAUGUACAAGAUCGAUGUCAUGAGGAGAUUGUUCGGGUACUGGGUUACGACCGCUUGCCCAGCAUGGAUGACCGUGACAAACUACCGUACACCAACGCCACUGUUCACGAGAUCCAACGCUGUGCCAACAUUGUACCAUUUGGCGUGAUUCAUGAAACGAUUCAGCCCACAAAACUACGAGGAUACGACAUUCCCAAGGGAACUACGAUCUUAGCAAACUUUGCGGCAAUUUUCAGCAAUAAGGAGCACUGGAAGCAUCCCGACUCCUUUAACCCGGAGAAUUUCCUGGAUGAGAACGGACACUUCAGCAAGCCGGAAUGCUUCAUCGUGUUCUCAGUGGGUCCGAGGGUCUGUCUUGGCGAGACACUGGCGAGGACGGAGCUCUUCCUGUACAUCACGUCUCUCCUACAGCGGAUUCAUUUCUCCUGGCCACCGGAUCCACAGCCCCUGGACAUGGAUGGGAUCAUGGGUAUUGUCCGCGCUCCUCAGACCUUCAACAUCAUCUGCCGCAGCAGAGAUACUAAAGAGUGACCGUCAGGAACCCCAAAUAUCAUCAUACACACUGAAGAACAACAAUAAAGACAAAGCUGCUGAGAGACACAAGAGCAUGUAGGCUCAUCUAAAUCAUCAUAUCUAAUCAGUUAUUUAAUACAUGAACUCUUGUCAGGUAUUUAUUCUGAUGAUUUCACUAUAGGAAAAUAACUUAUUUCCAGUUUUUGUAACAUCUGUUUGACAUUGAUGGAUGGUAUGAAACAAAGUUUAGCCUUUUCUUCUGUAUUGUGAGGCAUAUGAGUGAAACUGCUUCUCAAACAAGAACAAAUGUAGGGCGGGACUUGAUUUUGUCCAUGGGGAAUUGAUUGGAUGGUUGUGGUUUGCUAUUGAUGGAUCUCAUGUGGGUGACAGAGGGCUGCAUGCUCUCUGGAAUAUUCCAUAAAAAACAAGAAUGAUCCAUUUUAGUUUCAUGGUGACUAAGAGUUUUGGACAUUUAUUUAAGCAUAGCUAUAAAAUGAAAGGAAAAUGUUUUGUUUGUGGGGAAGUCAUGUUGACAAUUUUUUAUUAUUAUUUUAUUACAGAUCCAUGUAUUUUAUUAAUAUAUCUACAUGUACAUGUAAUACACAUAGCUGUAUAUGAUUUGUAUAGUGAAAUGCUUUUAUUACAAAUAAAAAAUGACAUGCAAUUGAA